AUGCGAAACGUGAGGAGGCUCAUCCUCAAUUUCAUCUACGGCACAACGACCACUCUCCUCGAGAUCGCGCGCAGCUUGGUGCAAGGAGGCAGCCUCCGUCUCGUCGAUCUCAAGCUCUCCCUGCUCCUCGUCGCCCUCACCCGUGCGACGGAGGCGGACGUCGCCGAGCUCGCCGACCUCACCUCCCGUAGGCCUUUCUCGAGCGUGAGGCAUGCGAUGGUCUGCCUGUCCUUUGACGGCAUCUAUUACACGGAUGGCCGUUCGCCGCUGGGGGAAAUAGAGGACGUCGAAGCAGCCGGAGCACAGGCGUUGAAGAUCUUGGCUAGGAUGUGGCCCUUCAUCAGUCAAGACGCACAGGCAGACUUGACUCUAAACGACAGUAUUUCGGAGAUCUGGAACUGGAGUAGUGAAGAAAUGGAUGCAGAGACCGGGGAGGACUGGGACGCUGAGGCCGAGGCGGGAGCAUCGUUUUGGAAAGGAGAAGACGUGGAUAACUUCGAAUUCACAGAAGAAUCUGACGUUGACCUAUCAUUCCUGUCGAGCUUGCAAAAAGUGAGAAAACUCAGCCUCGAGUUCCGCAAUGGCACAUCGACUACUCUACUCGAGAUCGCGCGUGGCUUGGUGCAGGGAAACAGCCCCCACCUCGUUGAUUUCACACUCUACCUGCCCCUCGUCGCCCUCACCCUUGCAACAGAGGCGAACCUCGUCGAGAUCGCCGAACUCACCUCCGGAAAGCCUUUCUCCAGUGUGAAGAAGGCGAGCUUCACCUUGUACGGGUACGAAAAGGAUGUGCGGGCAUCUGGAGCACGAGCAUUGGAGGUUUUGGCCAGGAUGUGGCCCCUCAUCAGUCAAGAUGCACAAGCAGACUUGGCUAUACGCAUCGGCCCUUCGGAGAUCUGGGAGUGGAGUCGUGAAGAAAAGGUUGCGAAGAUCGGAGAGAACCAGGACGCCGAGGUCACGACGGGAACACCAUUUUGGCAAGGAGAAGGGAGGUUGUGGCACUUUCACGCCGGAGCUUGGGAGGAGUGA